AUGUCUCGUCCAGAAGAAUUAGCCCCACCAGAAAUCUUCUAUAAUGAUUCGGAGUCCAAAAAGUACACUGACUCUACCAGAGUUCAGCAUAUCCAAGCUAAGAUGACAUUACGUGCUCUAGAACUAUUAAACAUUCCAGAUAAUAGCUUUAUCCUUGAUAUUGGAUGUGGUUCCGGUCUGAGUGGUGAAAUUUUGUCCGAAGAAGGUGGUCAUAUGUGGUGCGGUGUAGAUAUAUCGCCAAGUAUGUUAGCGACGGGACUAACAAGAGAUUUGGAAGGUGAUUUAAUGUUACAAGAUAUGGGUGUUGGUAUCCCAUUCCGUGCUGGUACAUUUGAUGCGGCUAUAAGUAUUAGUGCUAUUCAAUGGCUAUGUAAUGCUGAUACAUCUUAUAAUGAUCCGAAGAGAAGAAUGAUGAGAUUUUUUAAUACAUUAUUUGCUGCUUUGAAGAAAGGUGGUAAAUUUGUUGCUCAGUUUUAUCCUAAAAAUGACGAUCAAGUCGAUCAAAUCUUGCAGGCUGCUAAAGUUUCAGGUUUCAAUGGUGGUCUUGUUAUUGAUGAUCCUGAAUCUAAGAAAAAUAAGAAAUUUUAUUUAGUGUUAACAUCAGGUUCACCAAGAACGAAACAAGACCAAGUGAACCUUCAAGGUGUGACAAUGGAUGCUGAAGAACUUGGAGAUAAUAUGACCAAUCAUGCACGUAGAGCACGUAAGGGUAAAGAGAUGGAAUCCAGCAAGAGUUUCAUUAAUAGGAAGAAAGAUUUAAUGAGAAAACGUGGUAGAAAAGUUGCCAAGGAUUCUAAAUUCACUGGUAGAAAGAGAAGACCCAGAUUUUAA